AUGCUUGAAGUAGAAAUAACUCAACAACGCUCCAUUCAUACAACUAAAUGGGAGAUUGUACUGGGUAUGAAUGUUUAUCAGGUCAUUAAAUUGCUGAAGUUGAACGAUGAUCAAGUCAAAUCAGUAACAUUAGUUUACAAUGAUAAAGAUCCAUUGAGUGCUGAUUAUACACUGAAUUUAUCCAACGAUAGUAUCCUGCUACAUUUUGACUCUGUUACUCAACGUCUUAAAUUGAUUGAAUUAUAUGACUUGAAAAAAGUUAAAUUGAAAUAUUUUCCGCAAGUUAUCCCUACUAUUGAUAUUGUCAACAAUGUUUUUGGUCCUACACGUCCAGGAGAUUACAAUCGUGAGAGUCAGUCAUUUUUGAUGCAUUUUCCUGGUUUAACAUUUUUUUUCAAUCAAAUUGGACCUCAAGUUGAAACGAAAUCAAUGCAUGGACUUAGCUCAUUACAAUUUCCUGAUGGCCAAUCACCGGUUGUUAGUAAAAUCUAUAUUUAUGCUGGAGAUGUUCCUCUUGAAUUUAUUGUCCCUCCAUUACCCGUUCAUUGUUUUAAUCGUUCAGUAUUUCUUGAUAAACUAAGUAAUUUAACUGAAAAUCAGAAGACCAUCGGUAUUGCUUGCCGGCUAAUUGUAGAAGCACAUGCUACAAAAUCUUACGAUGCGGACAACCAUAUUGAUUAUCUAGAUGCAGCUGUACAUUUCGAUGACACAUGUCAGGAUGUAUUAUCUGUGAUUGGUAGUCCUAACAGUGUAUAUUAUAAAACAGAAGAUAAAAUAAAAAUUCGUAAUCCAGCAUCAAUAAAUUCAUCUAGUCAAAGAAGUCAAGAAAAUUCAGAUUAUUUUUUUAAUUAUCUUAAUUUUGGAUUGGAUAUUCUAUUUGAUGGAAUGAACCAUACAGUGAAAAAAUUUAUUUUACAUACGAAUUUUCCUUGUCAUUAUUUAUUUGACAGUUAUUUUCCAUGUAAUUUUGAAUUAACUGUUAAAAAUUAUUCAACGGGAAAGGAUCUGACAGUCACACCAUCAACACGGUGGCCUGCCAUUCAAGAAAUAUUUGAUAAUCAUUUGAAACCAUGUAUUUUAAAUCGUUCAUCAUCCAUAAAUACUACAAAUCCAUUUGGACCAACAUUUUGUCAUCUUGUCAACGAUAUGAUAUUUGAAGUAAUGAAUAACGGUUAUUGUGCAUCGGUUAUAUUCAUUAAUCAUAAAGACUAA